UGCUGGGUCACAGGGUGCGGUCCCAGUGGCAGUGGCCACAUGCAAGUCCUGAUGCUCAGCUCUCAAAAGUGACACUGGAAUCGGGGGAGGAAUGGAGAAGUCUGUCCCUCCUCCCACAGAGCAGCUGACAACGCACCUGGGUGAUGGAGGAAGGGCCAUGUUGAUGACCUCAGAGCCCAGCAAAGAGAGCUUUACUGCCCAAGAGUGCCCCCAAGGGGACAAGCAAAGAGCCACAUUUAUCGACAAUGCGAGAACGCCUCUGGAGAGCACAGCUCUAUCUGGGCUAUCUGGGGAAGGCAGGACUGAGCUCCAGAAGCCUGCCUUCUAUGCCCCAGAGAGCCGGCUGGUCAUGAGCCAGGACACAAAGGGGCCUGCUGGCACCGAUAGAUGCAGCCUGCAAGACGACCCAGACUACUUCUCACCCCUGUCCCGCCAGGAACCUGACGUCGCUCUGGAAGCACGCGAGGUGGCAGACGAGCCUGGCCCAGCCCUCUGCGGUGCUGUCCCGACCACAGCCCACAGGAACGACCUCUGCCCCAAGAACGAGGAGCGCCUUGAGUUCAAGAAAGGGUUUUACCGAACGGAUUCCCGGGGUCCGGCCGAGCCACGCAGCAUGACUGUAUCAGGCAGUGUGGCCUGGGAGUGCUCUGCACUAGAGACCCGAGGCAGUGACACGCGUGAAGAAAGCACUUUAGAAAGACUCUCCAGCUUGAAGUGUGUGGUGAGCUCCAAGGACCUGCCGGACAUCAGUCCCUUGCACCCAAAGGAGCCUGCAGUGGCGAUGGAGUCCAAACUUGUAAAUACUGCGCAAAUGGAUGCCACUCAGCUGGACAGUGACUCAGAGGACUUGCCUGUGAGCAAAACAACAGCAGAAGCUCUCCCAACAUGUGAUGAAAUGCAGCCUGCAAGUGGAGAGGAAAAGUAUCUGAAAAAUGAACCAAAGCAACUCGAAGCCUUCAGCAAAGAGCACUUAGAGAAAGCCAAGAAGGGCAUCCAGAGGUUUGACUGGCUCUCCAGCCCCAGUGAGAGCCUGAGCCCUCACUAUAAAGACGUGAGCAAACCUACCGAGGUAGUAGCCAACGUAUCCAUCCGGGGGCAGGCCAUGCGUGAGGUGCCACCUCCGCUGACUCUACCUGUGUUCAGGAAAGCCCUGAACCCCAUCUUAGGCAAAUCAAAAGCAAUGGAGAGUACAUCCUCACACAGGAAGGGGCUGGCCAUGGACUCGGACUUGAGCGAGCUGAGCCCUCUGAGCCCACCAGAAUGGACAUUGCAAAAGCCAAGCCUACAGAUCAGUGCCGACCUGGCCAUGAGCAAGCAGUCAUGGACAGUGAAUGCUGAGGACUCUGUGGAACGGAUCCCUCUGAUGUCCCUUGAGCCAACGCCCUGCAGCUCUUAUGACAUUGAGAUGCGGCCAUAUGUGUGCAGUGUCCUUCUGGAGGAGCAGGGGAAGGAUGAGUUGGGCCCAGAGGAGGACCCCACUGUGUACACAUGCAUUGAAUGCAGCAUCUACUUCAAGAAGAAAGAGCACCUGAUGGAUCACAUGCUGCAGCACAACCGGGGACUGGGGCGGGACCAAGACCGAGAUGCACUGGGCAGCCAGUGCCAGCUGUGCUGCAAUGAAUGCGGAUGGGCAUUUGGGGACCUCGCCUCACUUGAGCAGCACAAGAGGCUCCACCAGGAGUCCCGGGAAAAGAUCAUUGAGGAAAUCCAGAAACUCAACGAGUUCCCUGAUGAAGGCCGAGAUGCCCGGCUCCAGUGCCCCAAGUGCAUCUUCGGCACUAAUUCCUCCAAAAUCUUUGUCCAGCACGCCAAGAUGCAUGUCAAGGAGAGGAAAGACCAAGGUGUGAAGAGCAUGAGUCUGUUUGGAAGCACCAGCAGUGGGGAAAUGCGGGACAGCUCCAUGCAAGGCCUCUACAAACACUUCAAACCCAGUGAGCCUGCCCCUCUCCAGGUGCAACUGCAGCCCCACAGCAGCAGCAAAGGCCUCAGCACCUGCAUGCUUUGCAGUUUCCCCGCCCCCAAUGAAAAUAUCCUCAAAGAGCACAUGAAAUAUGCCCAUUCCCAUCUUCCCUGGGACACGGAGGCAUUUGAGGAAGACUCCAACCAGCCUGGCACAAGCAGGGAUGCCUACAGCCCAGGCAGGCCAGGCCGGUUCUUGGAGACUGAUUACUUUGGCAAAACAGAGAGGCUUUUUUCCCAGCCCCAUCGUGAGAGUAUUUCUCACUAUGACCCUGCCCAUGGCUUUGCCUCAGGCCUCCAGAGACUCGAUAAAAGCAAUGGUGCAAAUAAAAAGGACUUCCCAACAUCAGGCUUUCAUGCCAGGAAAGCUGCUCCAUAUACCACCUCACACAAGGGCUUGGGGGUAUCCACCCUUACCUCAGCAAAAGCCUACUCACAGUUUGCCCUGCAGCAAAUGAAAAAAAAAAGCACAGCAUCCCACCUUGAGGGAGAAGGGGACCGUGGCCGGAGCCCCCCAGUGAGCCUGGAGGAGCUCCGGCAUAAGUGGGCAUUGGCCAACAGUGCCGAGAGCAUGGAGGAGGAUGUUUCAGUACCAGCCGAGCUGGAUGUAACUGAAGGCAGAAGCUUCAAGACCUUCACUGUUCCUCAGGCAGCCUUGGACCUCAAGAGGACUUUCCGAGACACCUUGAAAGCCACCGAUCCCAUGAUUGCCUCGGAGGAGCAGCAGCACCAGUUGCAGAGGAUGGUUCCCAUCGUGCUUCUUGAGGAGAUGAGCCUGCAUCCACGGACCAUGAAGCGGCCCAGAGGCAAGCUGUUCAAGAAGAGAGUUGCAGUGGCGGCUGCACCUUCCCGGGAGUUCAUGAUGGAUGAGGCCAUGCCCUUGGAUGUGCUGCUGCUGGACUCCCCGCUGGAAGGCUCCUUGGAGCUGGAUGACCUCCUGGAUGCUGACUCAUCCAUGCUGAAGAAUGAGGAGCGGAAAUGCCCGUACUGCCCUGAUAGGUUUCACAAUGGCAUUGGCCUUGCCAACCACGUGAGGGGCCAUCUCAACAGGGUGGGGGUGAGCUACAAUGUCCGCCACUUCAUCUCUGCAGAAGAAGUGAAAGCUAUUGAGCAAAAGUUUUCCUUCCAAAAGAAGAAGAAAAAAGGUAUGGCCAACUUUGACCCAAGCACUUUCAGCCUCAUGCGCUGUGAGUUCUGCGGGGCUGGCUUCGACACGCGGGCAGGGCUCUCCAGCCAUGCCCGAGCCCACCUACGGGACUUUGGCAUCACCAACUGGGAGCUCACCAUCUCGCCUAUCAACAUCCUGAAGGAGCUGCUGGCCAAUUCCUCCGAGCACCCCAUGCUGCAGGCUGCAGCAGGAGUGGAGCCAUCAUCCCCAAGCUGCGAGAGGGAGGCACACGGAUUUGGACCCCGCAAGAGCAUGACGCCCAUGUCCGAGUGCAGCAUUCCCCGGUCACCGCUGUCUCCAUUCCCGCCUUCCUGGGGAGACGAGUCCCUGCAGUCCUACAGAGACGUCAUGGCCUCUGAGGAGGAUGAGAUGGUGGCAGUUGAGUUGGGCUUGCCACCCCUCCCAAAGAAGAGUGCUCCCCCUGGUCAGCUGGAUCAGCCUUCAAACCGAAUAGGGACCAAGCUGUCUCCUGAGCCACCGGGAAGCAAGCCAGACCCCCAGGACUCCAAAACCCAAAACCUCACAACGUGCGAGGUCUGUGGCGCCUGUUUCGAGACCCGCAAGGGCCUAUCCAGCCAUGCCCGCUCCCACCUGCGCCAGCUUGGUGUGGCUGAGUCAGAGAGCAGCGGUGCCCCCAUUGACCUGCUCUACGAACUGAUGAAGCAGAAGGGCAAGCCCGAUGGCAGCCCCAUGUCCCCAACGCUUGGGAAGAAGUCCAGCUCCCCCAAGGAGGGGACAGCUGGCUCCCCACGGCCUGCACUUCUGGCUCUCGGCAAGGUGGGCGAGCGCCCGCCCGACGCCCCCAUCAACAAGGCCAUCAAGUCCCCACCGGGUUUCUCCUCGAAAAACCUCUCACAGCCGGGCUCCCCCAUCCUCAAGAAGGUGCCUCCCUCGCUCUCGGGAUCUCCUCCUCUGAAGAACCCCGAGGACAAGCCCCCAAAGCUGCCUCUGAGCCCCCUGCAGAGCUCCCCAAAAGCACAGUGGCCGCAGCCUGAGGACGAAGGGCCCCUGAAUCUGACUGUAGAUAGUGACUCGGGCAGAGACCUUGACUGCCAGUUAUGUGGUGCCUGGUUUGAAACCAGAAAGGGCUUGUCGAGUCACGCUAGAGCCCACCUGAGACACCUCGGCGUGACCGACCCCGAUGCAAAAGGAUCCCCCAUUGACGUGUUAAAUGACCUCAUCCAAAGCGAAGACUUCAAAAGCCGUCUGUCCUCUCUCCUCCCUAGUGAGAGAAAGGCGUUAGGAGAGCUGGGGGCCUCCCCCAGACCCAGCCCAAAGAGCUCGGCUGCUGCAGCGCCCACAGCAGGCGUGAAACCACCACCACCACCACGGCCCCUGGGCAGAGAGCCAGCCAGGCUUCCACCUCACUCCCCUCCACCAGCCAAGAAACUGAAGCCACAAGCCCACAGGCUGUCAGCCGGGGCCAGCCUGCACAGGAAACAGCACCUUUCCUCCUCCGCCUACUGGGCUUCAGAUGCUGGGAUGUCUCCACUCAACCUUUCCUCGGGGGCAGAGCCUGUGCGGGACAUCCGGUGUGAGUUCUGUGGCGAGUACUUUGAGAACCGCAAAGGCCUGUCCAGCCAUGCCCGGUCCCAUCUGCGGCAGAUGGGGGUGACCGAGUGGUACGUCAACGGUUCCCCUAUUGACACCCUGCGCGAGAUCCUCAAGCGCAGGGGUCAGCCCCGGAGUGGUGCUUCCAACCCACUCGCACCAGGGCAGAAAGCCAUGGCCAAGGCCAUCCUGGGCAUGGGGUCACUGGAGCCACGUGGUCCUGGGGACCUGCAUGUGGCCACCCUCUCCAAGAAGGUCCAGCAGCCAGGGAGUCCCAUGGGACAGUCGCCUACCUCCUCCCCACCCCCAACCGCCAGGAAGAUGUUCCCUGGGCUCUCCCCAACCUCCUUGCAGAAGAAGCUGAAGCAGGACCACAUGCGGGUGGAGAUCAAGCGGGAGAUGCUAUCAGGUGGCCUCCACAGCGAGCACCAUCCCUCUGACCGGGCUUGGUCCCCGCGGGACGAGAUGUCUCCCCUGAACCUCUCCUCACGAGCUGACCCUGUGCGGGACAUCCGCUGCGAGUUCUGUGGCGAGUUCUUUGAGAACCGCAAGGGCCUGUCCAGCCACGCCCGGUCCCACCUGCGACAGAUGGGAGUGACCGAGUGGUCUGUCAACGGUUCUCCUAUUGACACCCUCCGUGAGAUCCUCAAGAAGAAGUCCAAGCCGUGCAUCAUCAAGAAGGAGCCACACGCCUCCAGCAUCGAGCCCCCCAAGCUGCUGGGUGAGGAUGGGAUUGACCCCAAGUCCCCUGGGAAGGUUCUGCACGCCAUGGCACUGUCUCCACUGGGUGGGCGACCAGGGAAGCCCGGCCCAGGUGGCUCCAGCCUGGGUCGUGAGCUCUCGCUCACGCCGCUCACCAGCAAGUCCCCAGGUGGCUUCCUGACGCCGCUGUCCGCCAAACGGCCCCUGCAAGACGACCGUCUGGGUGGACACACGGAGAUGAAGCAGAAGGCCUACAUCCAGACUGAGCUGCCCUUCAAGACCAAGUCUGUCCACGAAAAGCCUGCGCACACAUCCAGUGAAGCCUGCUGCGAGCUCUGUGGGCUGUACUUUGAGAACCGCAAGGCACUGGCCAGCCAUGCCCGAGCCCAUCUGCGCCAGUUUGGUGUAACCGAGUGGUGCGUGAAUGGCUCGCCCAUUGAGACCCUCAGCGAGUGGAUCAAGCACCGGCCACAGAAAGCCGGAGCCUACCGCAGCUAUAUCCAAGGUGGUCGCCCCUUCACCAAGAAGUUUCGCAAUGCCUCCCAUGCCCGGGAGCAGGAAGCCACAACCAAGCGCCUGCCCCUCAGCUUGCAGCCUGGUGGAAUGGCCCUGGUGGGCAAGAGCCUGGCAAGCGAGUUGGUGCACAGCGAGCCCGGGAAGCUUCUGGAUGGGGGUGGUGCCAGUGAACGGCCCAUGAUCACCUCACCUCUGUCCCUGGUCAAGGUGGAAGAGCACCAGCGCCAGAACAUCAACAAGUUUGAACGGAGACAGGCCCGGCCCCCAGAGGCCCCAGCAUCCCGUGAGGAGGAGGCCAGUGACUUCCAGCAGAAGAUGGAAGAGGCGCGCCAGCCCCCACCCCGCAUGCGGCCAGUGCCCUCGCUGGUGCCCCGGCCACCACAGACGUCCCUGGUGAAGUUUGUGGGCAACAUGUACACCCUCAAGUGCAGUGCCCAGCACUGCGGGGCCCCGCCGGAGCCACAGCAGCCGGCGCCCGCGGCGGUCCGAGCCGGGGGUUCAUGCGCUGGCCUCUCCUGGGCAGGUUCUGCGAGGUGGAGUUCCAGGGCCCGCUCUCCAUCCAGGAGGAGUGGGUGCGGCAUCUCCAGCGCCACAUCCUGGAAAUGAAUUUCUCCAAAGUCGAUCCCCUGCGCAGCGAGGCCGUGGCACCUGAGGCCCAGGCUGUGGCCGAGGCUCAGUGACGGAGCCCUUCCGGGAGCACUGCCUGCUGCCCCCUCUUGGAUGCAGACGCUUGCCCCGGAGCCAGCACGACACCCCUGCUGCAGUCACUCCCGGAGAGGGGCAGCUGCCUUCUGAGCACUGGGCUCAGCAGCCCUCAGGGCCCAGCUCCCCCAGAACGACUCGCCAAGAGCAGGGGAGCCGGCCACAAGCACUACAUGGAACAGAGCAGUCCGGGGUGCAGCCUUCAGCUCAGAGACAGGACCCUAGAGGAUACCUGGGAAGCACUGGGCUGCGCCCCCACCCAGGGCACUUGUCCCUGAGCCAUGGGGAGGGGGCUUUUCUCCCCAUCAUGAACACCAGUUAGUCCAAAGACUCUGCAGCUCCAGUGAGGGCAGUGCGUCUGCCCCGCAGGCCGCUCAGGCUCUGGCUU